AUGAAUCGACAAAAGGACGAGAAAGGGAAACUCUUUAUUGGAAGAUUAAGUUGGGAAACUCAAUCAGAUACUCUGCUUAACUACUUCAGCCGUUAUGGAGAAGUAAUUGAUUGUGUUGUGAUGAAAAACAAGGUGACUGGUUGUUCAAGGGGUUUUGGGUUUGUGACUUACAAAGAUCCAGAAUGUGUUCAUUUAAUCUUGUCUGGUGGGCCUCACAUCAUUGAUGGGCGACAAGUGGAUCCAAAGGCUUGCAAUCCACGCACUCCAUAUAAGGUAGUGGAAACCAAACCGCAAUCUGCCCCACCUGAAAACCAAAACAGAAAAAUCUUUGUUGGUGGCCUUCCUUUUGAUGUAGAUGAAGGAAUUUUGAUUGAUUUCUUUUCCAGAUACGGCAAGGUGAAAGAAGCAUCAAUUAUGUAUGAUUUACAAAAGGGAAGAUCCCGAGGCUUUGGGUUUUUGACGUUCAACAAUGAAGACAGCGUUGAUGAAGUUUGCAAGGAACAUUUUGUGACCAUCAAUGGGAAGCAGGUUGAAUGCAAAAGAGCAGAGCCCUUAAGCAAAAGUAAAAUUCCUCAGGACAACGAUGGCAGCAGUAGCAAUAACAACAAUUAUUUUAUGCCAAAUUCUCCCCCUCCCCCUCCUCCAAUGCUUCACCAACUGCAGCAUCCUCCCCCAUCCCUUGAUCUCAAACCUGCUCCUCCUGCACCAGGAAUUGAGAUGUGGAGGCCACCACCUGAGGGUAGCAAUAGUGAGAAUAGAAAAGACAUGACAAGUGAAAAUGGUUACAAUAGUGUUUCCAAUGGAGACAGUGUAAGGCAGCCUUAUACUGCCAAUGGGGCCAUUCCUUCCAUCUACCAACCCGUAAGCUAUCCAGGUAUUUACUCAAUAGCCCAGCAACAGCAGAUGCGCCAACAGCAACAGUCAGCUGUGCCAGUGCAGCAACCCACCACAGCUGGGCAAACAUAUCCACCUCCAGUGUACCCUAAUUUCUCAAGUCCACCUCCACAACAAUCUGCACAUGACUAUAUGGCUCCUUGGAACCAGCCUGCAUCUCUAGAAUCCCCAGGGCAAACUGCUCCCAGUGACAGAGGUCAAUGGACUGGAGUGCCACCACCCAACCUCUUACCAACUCAGCUACCACCACAGCAGCAGCAACAACAACCACCACCACCCCCACCACUGCAACCAAAUUCGUCAUAUAGCAUCUCAAACCAAAUGACAUCACCAUCUACUCUUCCUACUGUUUACCCAGGAUUGUCUCCCUUAGGUCAGCUUAAAAUCCCUCCAAAUUUUGUCAACACUCCUCAAACACCAGUUCAGCAACCAACACCUGGAAUGCCUUAUUCAAAUUUUGGUUUUGGUGAUAAUGAGAAUGCCAACUUCCCUACUGGUCCUGCUACUCCUUCGCCUGCUGGAAAUGGACAUAUGAUGAUGUUUACGCACACAGAUGCUGCUAAUCCAGGACACACUUACAACCAAAGACAACCAAUCACACAAUCAUAUCAUCCAUAUCGGCGUUGA